AUGCCGUUAUCUCCUCUGCCGUCGUUCCCCACCGUCCACGCGCCUAGUGAGUCACCCAUCUCCACCUACAUGCCACCAUCGUCGUUUCAACUGUCGUCUUUGCCUGUGCCAUAUGGGUGUCUGAAUUCGCAACUGGAUUCCUACCCUCUUCUGUCGCCAGGGCUUCUGUUUUCCCCAACUUUUGGUCAGUUAGGGUUUCUGCAGCUUUCAUUUUCGUCGACUGUGCCGGUUCCUAGCUCUCGCUGGAAGGGAAUUUGA